AGGUAGAUCAUGCGCGAGUACAACGCCCGGACCAACGCUGAGUAGGCCAGUGCUCUCCGGUGCUUCAGUGAUUCCGGGCUUGAGUCGCAGCUCGUGGAAAUAAGUAAACGCAUGGUCUCGUCUCUACACUCGCAAACCCUCCGAUGACGCGCUUGCAAGCCACUCUCUGACUCGAUAGCCGUCUCGACCAAGCUUCUAACAUCAUCCCUCGUGCAAAUAAUCGAUCGAGUCGUCUUAAUUAAAGAAGAAACUGUGGUUGGAAUGCCGAUUGCAUGUGUUUCCACGCCUCGAAGUUGGUGACCGAUAAGUAUGGGCUGGCUUUUAACCUUUGUCCUCCUGCUAGCCCUUAUCACUUUAAUGGCGACCGGCUUGCCGUCUCCGCAAGGGAGUGCCCACGUGCAGCCGCAGGCGGGCUCGCAGAGCACCCCCAGUCCGGGAGGGGCGGGCGUGGGGGGCAUCCGGCGGACGCUGUCGGGAUGGAGGGAAUGGAGGCGCGCCGACCCCACGCUUAUCAACAGUCUGUGGAGGAGCAAGAUGGGCAACGGCAUCAGAAAGCAGUUAGGCAACGCCGAGGUGUACAUAAUGCUGGCCCUCCUCAUCGGCUUCGUCACCGUGGUGAUCGGUUGCUGGCUGUCGGACAACUGCUGGUCGCCCGAUCCCGAAGGUCACGUGGUGACCGUGGCCUGACCAUCGGCCAAACCCCCUCUGAGUCCCGACCUUCCCAUCAGCAUCGUCAGCGUGUCGUCGUCGACGACAUCGCGGCCGUCGAGUCCCGAAAGCGACUGGCCGCUCGUCGAGCCCUCUGACGGAGAUUCCAUCAACCUCUGACACCACGCACUCUGCGAUCAGACUAAAGACGACACCUGCGAGCUCCACAAGAGUCUCGAGAACGGUCACGUGUGCCGGAUCGAGCUGGACGACCAGGACCUGGUGCUAACUUAAAAAAUCCCCGAAACUUGACUGGUGUUUUACGCAAACCGGUCGCUUUUUACUGUCAAUUAGGGGUAUCUCCGUAGCCUUCUUCUUGACCUCUCACCCCGUGUUAUGUCAAAAGGUGCCUUUUAGACUUAGGCCUGGUUUUUUAGCUACUUUUUGAUGGUUCUCUCAGAUUUAAACUGGUUUGCGUACAACGCGAGCCAAUGACAGGGUCGCUUUAGUGCCAACUUGAUGUUUUUUAUUUUAAAGACUGCAGUGGCGCCAACGAAAUGUAAAAAUUUGUGUACAAAUAAUGUUCUAAAUUCGGUGGUUUGCACACUUGAUAAACUGCAAUUGUCAAUUAAUAGAGAGAAAAAUGUAUGUGACUCUAGUGUUUCUAUUGUUUUGCUUAGAUCAAGCAGCCUUGAAUUUUUUACUACUAUAGUUUGCUUGAUCUACACAACACAGCUUAAUAAUCGGCUAAAUUUAUAGAUGUUAGACUUGUCUACUAAAUGUAGGACCUAUUCAUAUCAGCCUGCCUUUCUGUGCUGUGCCUCUACAGAAUCUUAUUUAAACACCCUCCUUAGAAUAAAAAAAAAAAAACGGAGGGUAUCUAAACUCGGCGUUCGCGCUUCUAAUAAAGGCCUAAUAAACUCUUGAAAUGUAUUUUAAUUUCAAAUAAAAAAUUAGAUAUAAAAUGUGUAAAUAAGCUUGCAUUAAGACUGAUUUCAUAUAAAAAUUAAAACGCCAUUUUGGCGCCACUUAAACCCAAGUGUUAAAUCGAGUCAUCUGAGAGGUACAUAGCCUAUCGCCAUGUCCGCUCGUAAUCACGUGACGCACACGACAAAUUAACUCCUCUAACCUAAAAUCGGCCUAAAUGGUAGUUUCGCAGGCGUUUAUUUUAGCUGUAUACAACUUUUUCCUGAUUUUGCUUAAGAACAAUUGCUCAAAAACAUUGUAAAUAGAUUUAGUUGUGAUGUAAGCCACGGCCAAAACGUUUUAAUUGCAUGAUAGAGGGAACAAUAUUACAUUACUAGUGUAUGUAUCCUGGAAUUUACCGGUUUUUAACUGUCAGACCUAAUUAAGAUUGACGAUAUUGCAACGAUA